GAAAAUGAUAAGGUAAAAACUUGGAGAGAGACGAACGAUGGAAUGUAUUUGGCCCAUAAAGAAUGCAAAUCAGAUAAAGAUAAAUUUGGUAUUAUUGGUAUCCAAGUUGCCGGAACUGAGAUGCAUCUAAAUAUCCUCAUUCGAGGUGAUACUGUGUUUAAAUUCAUUGAAACUUUAUUAAUAAUAACAAAUAUCUUGCAUGUCAAUAUAUCUCUUCUAUAUUAUGAGCUUCCAACUAGUUUAAGUAGUAAUACAGAAAAUAGCUCUACAGUAUCUUCUUCACCAAGAUCAUCAUCACCACCAAAAUGA